CAUGGUGGACUCUCCCAGCGCGAUGAAGAAGACCUUCUCAGUGCCGGAGAUCAAACCGCUGGACCGGUACGACUUCAACCGGGCCAAGAUCUGCGCCAGCGUCCGAUGGCUGCUGUCGAAAUCGUACGGCUCUGCAGAGAACGUUCCUGUGGAGUUGCGAGAGCCAUUUUACAAGGACCAGUAUGAACAAGAACACCUCAAGCCGGCCGUCUCCAAGCUGCUUCUCUCCCCAGAGAUCUACUGCCGAGUUCAGGCCCUGCUGGCUCAGGUGCAUGGGGUCUCCCUGCCAGCAUCGCAGGGCUCUCUGGCUGACAACUCCGCCCUGCUGCAGUUCCUCAUUAAGAAAGGUUUCGCUCCAAAGGUCCAGGAUGUGGACGUCACAGAGGAGGACCUUAGCAACAGCCCCAUCAAGACGAAAGCCCACCUCGCCCUCAUUGACUCACUGAUGUCGCUGGCUGCCAAGGACACAGUGGGUCGGGUGAAGAUGGCGGUGGAGGCAGAGCAGAUGGGCGUCGGGGCUCCGUGGGAGAACUCUCUGCUGUUUUGGGUCAACAGGUUGAACCAGAAGUUGAGAGAAAGCACAGAAGAAGAGGAGCCCCCCAAGUCUCAGACGUGUACAGACCUACAGCCUGUUCAGGAAUCGUGUCAGUCCACCCGUUGGUACUGGAAACUAGUCCCCCAUGCUAUCGCUUUUUGUUUGAAGGAGUCGGGGAAUAAGCCACCAGUGAUCCGCUAUAGGAAGGACAAAGUGCAGUCCAAGCUGACUCCUACUUUCCCUCUGGUCUCUGCGGUCAAAGAUCUAUCUAAUGGCUGUGCAAUAGCUGCUGUGCUGCACUACUACUGCCCCAGCUUGCUGCCUCUAGAGGAUGUGUGUCUGAAGGAUACCAUGUCAGUAGCUGACAGUCUCUACAACCUGCAGCUGAUCAAAGAGUUUUGUGAGAACAGCUUGCAGAGCUGCUGCCCUCUCGCUGUGGAGGACCUGCUCUACGCUCCACCCACUCUGCAUCUGAACAUUAUGAGCUUCAUGGCAGAGCUGCUGGACUGGCUUGAGGUGAAGAAGCCUGAUUUUGUGCAGCCCUUACAACCCAUCAACCUCUCAGAUGUCUCGGGGUUGCUAGACUGUACAAGUCCUGUCAGUGGGAACAGCAACAGUGGUUCUCCUUCCUUUAUCUUCAAACAACCCUUUGUGCCAAUCUCCUCCGAAGUGUCACCAGAAAACAAAAGUUGGACAAAGAAACAAAUCAGUCGUCCUCUGUCAGCAGUGACUUUCAGCAUCCCAUUUGGCCUGGACAGUGAUGUUGACAUUGUCAUGGGAAACCCAAUAGAUUCUGUCUUUCGCUCUGUCAGCACUGACAGCCUCACCACCGGCAUCCCUGCAAUGACCACACCGAUGACAUCAGCAGGGAUGACUCGUGUCCCAUACAGCCCUCCAGAGGACCUCAGUCACCUGGUCAGCGCUUCAGCCCCACUGCAGCGGUCUUCUUGGGGCCCCUAUGCACACACAACACCACUGGGGGAGCUGCCCACCAUUGAGGAAGCACUACAGGUGGUUCACACACCCGGGAACAAAGACCGGAGGAAGGGACGGACAGUUGAGAAAAGUGGCAGAGGAUUGUUGGCGGACAGGCCGGAGCCCAGGUUACGCCCUGAAGGAGCCCCUGCAGGUUUCUUCCUGCACUCCCCUGAAGAGGAUAAUCCUGAGCUCAGCAGCUCUGCCCCCUGUCGCUCUGGAGUCCUAUACCGGCCAGUCGGAGGGGAAGUGGGUGAUACUGAGAGGCAAGGAAGGGGAGAGAGGAGGGAGAGAUCAGAACGGAGCUCUGAUAUGUCACGUGAUGAUGACUCUGUAUUACGAGAUGGCAGCGUCGACUCCUCUGAAGCAUCGGAUGAUACUCCCAGGAAUGCCCCUGGUAAUAUUCGACCUAGUAAUGGUCGCCAGGGAAACCACAGCACCAGCAACAGUCCACGCAUGACAAGUUUUGCUGAGCGACGAGACAACCGAAGAAGACAUCCUGCUGCUACUGGGGAAGACUCAGCUUCUGCUCUGACCCCAACAACCCCAGGUACUCCACACACACCCUCCACCCCAGCAGGGGCACCUGGUCACCAGGAGAGUCCAGGUCCCAGAGGCCCUGAACCCGGCUCUGAGGCCUGGGAGCUGGGAGCUCGUCUAGAGGAAAAACGUAAAAGCAUUGAAGCCCAGAAAAGACGUAUCGAAGCCAUUUUUGCCAAGCACAGACAGAGGCUAGGUAAGACUGCUUUCCUUCAACUGAAAAGAGAGCAAGGGGAGGGUGGAGGAGAGGGAGCAGAGGAGGAUAAUCUGACCCUGGAGGAGCGUCUCACUCGCAUGGAGGAACAGUUGAAACAGGAAGAGGAGAAAGAAGAGAAAGAAAAAGAGAAAGAUGCAGAGAAGGGAAAGGAGAAGGCAUCUGUUUCCAAUCCUCCUCGGUUAGAGAAGCAGGUCACAUUCUCUAUUGAAAGUAAGAAAGGAGCAGAGAAAGAAAAAGGAGCUGAGAAACCGGGUGAAGCUGUGUUCGUAGAAUACAAUGAGGUGGUGCAGAAACUGAGUGAAGCUCUGCAGUCGCUGCAGAAGGACAUGCAGAAACUUACUGAACAGCAACAGCAGCUCAUGAGCAACCAAAGACCCAGAAAUACACCCAAAACCACUCCAAAAUCAGCACCUAGAAGUAAUACCAAAACACCACCUCAUACUCCGACAAAGACACCACCGAGAACUCCAACAAGGACGCCUACCAGAAGCACCAGUAAAGCUUGGGUGAUUCCUUCUGGUCCCAGUCCCUCUGCUUCUUCCCCAUCACGACGUUCUCAUGGUGUUACUUCGUCCAGCUCCCCAAAAACUAUAAUCUCUUCCUCCUGCCCAGCUCCUCGCACCAAGAUCCACACUUCCUCCACUCCCCGCAGCCCCAAACACCACCCACGUCCUCAUCAUCCGCCCCACCCACGGCCAUCUGAACUCAAGUUCCCUCCACUCAAUCGUGUCUUGACACCAACCCAGAACGUGGACACCCUUCCCCACCUCCGGCGUGUAUCCCCCAGCAAGUGUCAGGUACAGACCUCCUCUUCGUUCCGUAUUGGUGGGCCCCGGACUCCCCAGGAGUCUCCUCAGCCUACCCAGCAGCCGCAGCCUGAUGAAAGCACCUCAGACACAGCAUCGAGCGAGACACCCACCCAGUUCAGCUUGGAGUUGGAACAGGAAGAUGCAGAGGCCGUCGGAGGGCUGCCGGUCUUGCCACAGCCCAGACAAGAUCAUCCGAGGGCGACUGGUGGCAGCAGCUCUGGUGCUCCCUCUGAAUGCUCAUUUGAGAGCGAGACUUUGUCCCUGUCUGCUGCGUACAGCGCAGGAGGGGAAGCAGGAAGAGCUGCUGGGAAGCAGUGCAGCCUGGUCGAGGUAUCGUUAUCAUCCAUUGGAAGGCCAGAAGGGGGCAGUGAUGAACCAACUGAUGAGGGGCAGGAGUUUUCCUCUGAUUCCAUGAGCGACCACACAGAAUCUGCCAUGGAACCUGCAAGAGGACUCCCUGUAGAACCCUUAGAUCCUAUAGAGCAACUAAAUCUGGCCAUGGCAGCAGAGGAUUUACCCGAAGAACAAACUGAAUCCAAAGAAGAACAAGAAAGACAGACUGAGACUUUGGAACCAAGUGGAGAACUGAAUGAAGUGGGAACCAGAGGAGGAAUUGGAUUCUUCUUUAAGGAGGAGGUACACAGUGAAGGAGAGAUGGCCCAGCGCAGAGCUUUGCUGUUGGAAAGACAGCAGAAGAGAACCGAGGAGCUGAAGAAGAGGAGGCAGUGGUAUGAGCAGGAAAGGGAAAACAGACCAGACAAAAGAGUGGCAUCUCCCUCCAAUACACCUCCAGUCGGCACAACCUCACCUUCUCUCACACCUCCAGCUACUCCAGCUCGCCGUGGAGAUUUCACAAGAGGAGAGUACGCACGGCGACAGCAGCUCAGGAUCAUGGAGGACUUGGACAAAGUACUUAAACAGAAAGUCCCCAGUCAAGGAAAAUCUUCUGCUAAGAAAACCCGGUCCCGACCUCGCAGCAUGACCAGGGAGGAAACACAGCUGUCUCUGAGUCCAGCCAAGGGAGCAAUUGGCUCUAAACUGACCAAAGUCUAUUCUCACUCCUCACUAAACCUGGCAGCCACAGAUGAGCCAGGAAACAAUGGUAGUGGCCCCUCAAAGAAAACACACAGCAACCGUCCAGAUUCACCUUCAGGACGUGUGACACCAAGCAAACUGGUAAACCAGAACGGAGACAAGGACUGGGAAUCUGGUUCCAAUGGAACCUCACCUGCCCCAGAAUACACAGGUCCAAAACUCUUCAAAGAACCAAGCUUCAAGUCCAACAAAUUCAUAAUUCACAACGCUCUGUCUCGCUGCUGCCUCGCUGGGAAGGUCAACGAGACACAAAAGAACAAGAUAGUUGAGGAGAUGGAGAAGAGUCCUGCGAACCACUUCCUCAUCCUCUUCCGUGAUUCCAGCUGUCAGUUCAGAGGCGUCUACACCAUGAACCCCGACUCCCAGGAGCUCGUACGAUUGGCCGGCGUGGGUCCACGGACAGUUAGCUCCACCCAGGUGGAAUCCAUCUACAAAUACAGUUCAGACAGGAAGCAGUUCAGUGCCAUCCCAUCUAAAACCAUGGGCAUGAGUGUGGACGCCUUCACUAUCCCCAGCAACCUGUGGCAAGGAGGAGGAGCAGCAGGAGGAGGAGGAAGCAGGAGAGCGAGUAUUACUAAGAAAGCAGUCAUUUCCAAGUGAGGACCAGAGCACAACAUCACAGCGAUUAAAGAAAACGCUAGAAUUACACUAUAAUACAGUGAGAACUGUAGUCAAACACAAAAGCAGUUAUCUAUAUGUACACAAUUAGGCCUUGUGGCACGUGUGUGCAUCAGUACAACUUACCUCUAUUGCCCUCAGAUUUUAUUAGAAACACAAAAUAUUAGACAAAUAUUUCUGCUCCCCUUAUGUGCAUGAAAACGUCAACAGCACAACUUUCAGAGAACAGAAGCUCAUACAGAGGAAGGUUUUAUGGAAUGUAAAUUCCACAUGGAAGAGUUACUUUUAAAAAGUCUCAUUACGUAUGCUUUCAUUGUUUGAAGUACAAACUUUUUCUUUUGAAAGAAAACAAUAUUAAAUUGUUUAUUGAAAAACAGGAAACCUACGAUUACAGUCUGAUCCCUCUCUGGUUCUGUGGACUGAAGUCCUUCCCUAAAAUAUCAGUUUUAUACAUAAAGCCAAACAACAGAGAAAAUGCCUUCGUGUCAGAGUGACUGACAGGACUUUUCAUUUUGUACGAUGUUAAUUCUACCAGUUACUGUAGAAUGGGUGGAUUAAAGCACAUUUGUUCUGCAAAAUGAAAGACAGCCAUAACUAUGUGAUGCAGAGGGGAGCCUGGUUUUUUCGGACGUCUGUAACUGUGUCGGUGGUUUUCAGAGAUGAUCACCACAGCAUGAAGGGUUAUUUACUGUAUGUGGUAUAAGCUUAUUUCAAAAUAAUAUCACAGUGAUAACUUGUGGUUUGAUGAAACUAUGUUGAUGGUAUGUGAGCAUUAGAUGCCAAUUAAAACAACUUUUAUACAGCGAAACAGCAGCAGACUGAGGGUGACGCGUCAUACCCAGAUCACAUUUAAAAGUACCUGGACUCUUGUGCUCUCAGGUGGGGAUGGGCACCGAUGGCGUUUUUUACACAGUUCCAGGCUCUGAUAUUGAAUGAAUCUUUCACUUGUUUUUCCUCUUUCUGACACUAGAGUUGCACAGAAAAGAAACUCGGUGGCAUAUAUGAACAAAUACCUCAGGGGAAAUGGUUAACGUGACUGAGCAUGGUGGACCACCUUAACUGAAAUGUUUGAAAGCAAAGGAACUGCUGCAAAAUGCAGUAGCAGCAGGAGGGCACCCCUGGAUCAAUGUUUAUGUGCCAUCAGUCAUGUUAAAGUAACAACUUGUGGCAUUUUUACAACCUGAGAAGUUCAGGUGCAGUCUGUCACCAGUAACCCAUCAGAUUCUGUGACCUGCAGCAGAACAACAGCGAUUUUGCCUUUAGAUUAUCCAUUGUUUUUGUUUGCUUGUUUGUUUGUUUUGUUAAAUGUAAACCAGUGUUGAAGAAACACUGUUUUCUCUUGCAGCUAAAUAAGUCAUGACAGAGUUAAUGAAUGUCACAGAGUCAAAACAACACCUUUCUUAACCAUUUAACAACCUAAAAAUAUCCAAUCAAGAAUAUCCAAGGAUUUAAGUGGAAUUCAGAUUUGAUGCUAUUGAUGCUCAUCCCCACUGUUGGUAGAGUGCACACUGUUAAACUGUUUCAAACCAGCAUACAUGUAUGAAAUAGCAAACUGGAUUAAACUCUACUGAUUGAGCUCUUUCA